AUGUAAAGUUGAAGAAGACGUUUGGAUCCAACAAGCGAGCUAGGUUUCAAGAACCUUUCGCUCUUGCUCGAAUUUUCCCCGAACCCUAUCUUCACCGUUAAAGGGACCAACCACCGUCGAAAGCUGUCAAGUUGGGCGCUGCUCGCCUGAUCUGUCAAAAGGCCAGAGCCAAAAAGGGGAGAAAGCAGCUGGCGUGGCUGCAUUUCGUUUCCUUGGCUCGAAGUGAGAAGUUUCGGGCCACCGAGCUGGUCGAAAAAGUUACCAAUUAAAUUGGCCAGCAGAGGAAUUUGCAAGUUAGCUAAAAUGCUAUAAAUCCGAGGCCAGUUCGGCGAAAAGGAGAAAAAUCAAAAAGGACACGGAUAACCCGCAACUACAACGGAAUCAAAAUGAAUCGCCUGCUGCUGCAGUGUCUAGUGACCACCAUUCUGGUCUACAAAGUGAUUUCGGUGCCGACCAGCACGAUGAGCACCAGCAUUCAGACGACCUCGGAGAUUCCGCAGCAGGAUGACGACGACGACGACUGGGAGGAGGACGACGACUCUCUGGAGUCCGACGACGAUGGCCGCGUCUACAAGAAUCCGCGCAACUCACCCUCCACCGAGUGUCCACGCGACGAGGAGCAGGCCACGCUGCUCGGCCAGAAGUGCUUGAGGAAGUGCUCCUCCGACGAGGAUUGCAAGAGCAAGAAGAAGAAGUGCCUGUGCGACGGCGUCUGCGGCAACUCCUGCAUUAAACCAGAUCGCGAGUGCCCGGAACUAGCCCAGCCCAGCUUGGGUCAGGUCACAGUGGCUGGACGCCACUUCGGAGCUCGCGCCUCCUAUGCCUGUCCGCACGGCUACCACGUUGUGGGUCUCCAGAGCCGUCUGUGCCAGGCGGACGGAAAUUGGGCCGGAGCCGAGCCAGCUUGCAAGCAGAAUAUUUACUGCCUGAAGCCGCCGCAGAUAGAGCAUGCGCGGAACUCGGCGCUGCCGGAACAGGAAACCUUUGAUCUGGACUCCACGGUGCAGUACCACUGCCACACCGGAUACGUGACCAAUGGAUUCCCGCGGGCCAAGUGCCUGGCCAUUGAUAACCUGGCCAGCUGGUACGGCCCGGAUAUCCAAUGCGAACCUCGAUCCUGUGGCCAGCCACCGGAUCCGGCCUACGGAUGGCACGCCGGCGAGUGCUACACGUACGGAUGCAAGAUCACCUACAAUUGCGGAACCGGAUACGAACUGGUGGGCAAGCACGAGCGCUACUGCCAGUCGGACGGAUCGUGGACGCCCAAGGAGCUGCCCACCUGUGUCUUGGUCACCUCGGUGGUGUGUCCCACCCCGGAGAACCCCAAGAACGGCAAGGCCACCUACACCACCCUGGCCUACAACUCGGUGGUCAGCUACGAGUGCCGCUACGGCUACACCCUUGUGGGCGAGAGCUCCAGUCGCUGCGGAGCGGACCGAAAGUGGAGCGGCACUCUGCCCACCUGCAAGGAGAUCAACUGCGGCCAUCCUGGUGUGCUGUACAAUGGAUGGAUCGAGAACAUCGAGGCGGGCACCGGACUGGGGGCCAGCAUCAUUUUCCGCUGCCAACCAGAGAUGAUGAUCAAUGGACUGGGCUCCAGCGUGUGCCAGAUCGACGGAAGGUGGCGGAACGCACUGCCCGAGUGCCUGGCGCCCUGUGUGGUGCCCACCAUUUCGCAGGGCAAUGUGUAUCCCAUCGAAAUAACCACGGAUGAGAACGGAACGACGAUCGUCCAUCCGCCGACGACCACCACGCAGUCGCCCACUCAAACGCAGAGCAUUGGCGGAGUGGAGAAGGUUAAGCACGGAACGGCACUGGAGGUCAAGUGCGACGAGAACUACGAGUUCCCGGUGUCCCUGCUCAGUCCACCCACGUGCAACAAUGGCACGUGGAGCAUCAUUCCACGCUGUGUGCCUGCCAGGUGCAAGAGCAUGCCGCGUCCACCCAAGCACGGCAUGGUGAUGGCUCCCAAGACGGAGCACGGCAUGAAGGCGCGAUUCAAGUGCAAGGAUGGCUUCAAGCUGGUCAGUCCGGAGGGCAAGGAUGUGACAGAUCCGCACGACUAUGUGCUCACUUGCUCAUUUGGCAACUGGACCGGAGAGACGCCCAAGUGUGACGAGGUCUUCUGCUCCUUUCCCGGCUACAUACCCAAUGGAAAGGUCCUGCUCGUGGGCAACAUGGGCCUAUAUGACUACAGACCCUAUGUCAAGAAGAUCGUGAACAACAAGCAGAUAAUGUACGAUUGCGACAAGGGAUAUGUCCUGGAGGUUGGUCCGCCUGGCGCCACCUGUGUGGGUGGCAAGUGGCGGCCCUUGGACCUGCCGCAGUGCCUCCUCGGCCAGCAUCCUCGCCUGCGUUGGAAUCGCCGCAGACGUCGCUCUCUGCAGAUCCGCCAGCUGAGAUCCAUGUACCUUCUGCAGCGACAGCGACAACUUCAAAGGCAACUGAUCGAUAACCAAAACUAUAUAAAAGCUAUAGCCGAUCCUGUCGAGCCGUCGGUUCAUCGGAUUAAGCGAAGCGCCAGUCCCCAUCCGAACUCACAACCCUAUGCCUCCGACGUCGACCUGGCCUACUCCAAGUACUAUCAAAAGAUAAAGGAACGAUAUCAGCGCUACGUCCGGAAAAUGCUAGGCCGUGACCGGAUCUACCAGAGGCUCCAUGCCCAGGAUGCAGUGGGUAGAGUGGGAAACAAUAUGAAUACCCACGAUGGAGGACAGGUCACCAUGCGGGGCAAGUCCAACUUCAGGGAAUUCGAGAAUGGAAACAAUUACCUGGGGAGCGGUGGCAUUGGAUCGGGAGGAGUAGUUGGAUCUGGAGUGGUGGCACUGCCCAACAUUAACCAGGCAUCGCGAAACCAUAUGGUUCAUGUACACAGAACGCCCAAGGACGAGCUGCUAUCCAACGGAUCGCCGCCUAUAGCAUCGCGUAGCCUCCACUUGAAUGCCACCCGGUCCUAUAUUGAUCAACUGAAAUCACAAAUAGUCCGUCGGAGGCGCAGGAGGAGCUCCAGCAUUGGGCAGUCGCCUCCUCCGUCGGGAGCAACUAUUCCGGAUGCCGAGGUGGACAUCAGCGAUGGAGGUGAGGGCGGAAAGGGAGGUGGAGGCAAACGAUUGCGAGGACCCUGCGAGGAUCUCGAGUGGGAUUCCUUUGCCAACGUGACCACGGUUCGUCCUGGCAAGGUUCCGGGCAGAAAUUCCGUGGGUAUCAUGCUGCAUUUGGAGUGCAAUGCCGGAUUCAAGCUGAAUAUUAAGGGUGAAAACGCCACGGCACGAUGCAUACGAGGCAUUUGGAAACCGGAGACGCCCAAGUGCCUAUCCGCUCCGUGCCUGGUGCCCGCCGUGGAGCACGGUCAGUACUACAAGGUUGAACCACACACCAAACAGCUGAGCGACAAACCUUCAUUGACCCCGCUCUCCACCUACGAGGAGAUCCAGUCCAACGAGUUCAUCACCCUGGAGUGCGAGGACGGGUUCAAUAUACAGGGUUCAGCUCAGCUCCGUUGUGCCCAUGGAUCCUGGUCGGUGAAUGCCUUCUCUGAGUGCACAUCGGUGCCUUGCACGCUGCCCAAUAUUCCGGGAGUCAUUUACGAUGGAGGCUACCGGGCAGGAUUGACCAUUGGACACGGGAGCAGUGUAAGCGUUCGCUGCGAACUCUCCACGAACGCCAAUCCCAUAGAGAUGUCCUGCCACAAGGGCAUCCUCACUCCACCCAGCAUCCCUUGUGAGUCCGGAUUAAGAAAGUCCCGCGAGGAACUGGAGCAUGCCACGCCCACUCCACACCCCAAAGUGGAGCACAACGAACUGGACAACGAUCACGAUCACCACGACAACGGCACCGAUGAGCACGACGACAUGAAGAUGUGUGGUCCACCCAUGCUAACGGAUGGCGCCUUGGUCUACAAGAAUGCCGAUCAUCCAGAGCUUGAUGGCGCCUACGAGAGCGGCACGGAGAUCUUCUUUAACUGCAUCCCAAAUGCGGCUGGGGAUAGGCAAACGUGGCGCAUCAUAUGCGACAAUGGACUGUGGAUAGGGCGAUCCUACAAUUGUGAAAACGGAACCUGUGUGUUCAGAAACAACGAGGCUAAUGUGGUUAGUUUCUACAACGACCUGGAGAUCCGAGAAGACGUGGUGGACUUUCCCCCAGGAGCCACCAUCAUAUCGAGAUGCAUGGACAUUGGAAAGUUCUCGUUCAUGGGCAGCCACGAGAGGACCUGCAUCCACUCGGAAUGGACCAACACCAAGCCCGUGUGCUCCGGCCUGAACCAGGAGAACGAUUAUGCUAUGGAGAAGGCACCGACCAUCCUCUUCCGCCACCAGAACGGACCCAUCGCCCAGAGCAACGAUGGCAAGCUGAUUGUCUAUCCGGGAACCACUCUGCACAUGGAGUGCCUGUGGAUGCGUCGCUUCGGGAAUCCCAAGUGGAACGUCAGUCACACGCACAAGAACUACACCGAGGGCUGGGUAACCGAGGCGGAUGAGGGUCGCGACUCCACACUGGAAUACCGGCUGAGCAUUGUGGACGCGGCCAGCGACGACUCCGGGUUCUAUUCGUGCAUGACCCCAGCUCGGCAUGAGCACACCGUGGAGGUGGUGGUGCGGGCCAUCAACUGCCCGGAGAUACCGAUGCGACGCGGCCUAAUCGUAAACACCAACGAUACUAAGCUGAGCACGCGGGCGCUGCUGUCCUGCGCUAAUGGAAACUCCUUGAUUGGCGCCUCGGAGCUGUUCUGCCUCCCGAGUGGCAAUUGGAGCGCACCGUUGCCGGUCUGCGAGAGCGUCGAGUGCGGCGACAUCCCGCUGGGGAUGGGCAGCAACGCGAGCUCGCCCCGUGUCUCCGUGCUGUCGCGCGAGGUGGGCGGCCGGGCGGCCUUCUCGUGCUCCUCCGGCUACGGGCUGCGUGGUCCGUCGGAGGCGAUCUGCAAUCCCACGGGCGAGUGGUCAGCGCCGCUGCCCACCUGCGUCGAGGUGCAGUGCGACAAUCCGGGGGCGCCGCAAAAUGGUUACGCCCAGGGCUCAGCACCUUAUCGUGCCGGCGACGUGGUCCAGUUCAAUUGCAAUCCGGAGUACAUGAUGCAGGGCCAGCCGAUCAUUGCUUGCCAGGAUAAUGCCAGGUGGUCGGGCGGGCUGCCCAAGUGCGUGCAGGCCUGCUCGUAUCCAGGCACUGUUAUCAGCGGCAGGAUGUCCUCCGUCAAGUUCUACUAUGCCAUCGGCGAGAGCAUCACGUUCACCUGCGAUGCCGGACUGGAUCUGCGCGGCUCCAAGGUGCUUAAGUGCCUUAAGAACGGCAAGUGGUCCAGUGCCAUUCCCACGUGCGUGACCAACGAGGGUCCUGUCGGCGGAGGAGGAGGCGGAUCCGGAUCCGUGGCCACCAACAAGCACCUGGCCACCACCAUGGGCUAGAGCGAUUCGGAUUGCCGGUUGCUCCUGAGUGAUACUAAUACAUAUUACUACCUACUAACUAAUGCACAUUCCAGGCGCACAGUCACGCGUUUACCAACUAGUAACGCCAUUCUUGCGAUUCAAUUGUAACUGUAGCCCUGUACUGUAUCGCACGGCCAUCAUUUUACUUUCAAUAAAUGUUCGUCGAAUAAAGACAAAA